AUGCCCGAAUCGAACCUCUCCGCCGAAGAAGCGUCGACACCCUACGCAGACCUCACGCGCCCGGACACCAUCGUCCUCAUCUCGCAGCCCCCAGAUCAAACCUGCGCCGUCGUAGGCGGCAUCAUGGCGCUCCGAAUGCAGAAACUCGGUGCUAGGGGCAUUAUCGUCGACGGCCGGGUGCGGGAUCUAAGUGCGUUGAGGGAAUUGGGGAUUCCCGUGUGGAGUCGGGGGACGAGUGUGGUAGGUGCUGGGGCGGAGACGAGGUUUCAUGCCAAAGAGGUGGCCGUGAGGAUUGGAGGGGUGGAGGUAAGGCCGGGGGAUUUUGUGGUGGUUGAUGAGGAGGAGGGGGGUGUGGUUGUUUGUCCUAGGGAGAGGGUGGGUGAGGUGUUGGGGUUGCUUGCUGGGGAGGAAGGGUUGGUCGGGAGGGAUGGGAGGGUUGUGGAGUGGGUGGAGAAGGGGGGGAGUGUGAGGGAGGGGUUUGAGAUGUUUAGAUAG